AGUAAUAUUCACCAGUGCCGCCGUAUUUGCCUGGGACAUGAGAGGUGAAGCUUUGUAAUCCUGGUUUCAUGGUGUCGUGGUUUUCAUCAGAUGAACCAGUUCCCAUGCUCACUACUCUCACUCCCUUCACUUCAACUUCAAACCUUCACAAACCUCCUCAAACAAUGCAUUUCCCAAAGAGACAUUUCAACUGGAAAAUCACUCCACGCCCUCUACAUCAAGACCUUCAUUCCACAUUCAACUUACCUCUCCAACCACUUCACCCUCCUCUACUCCAAAUGCGGCACCCUCGACAAUGCCCGAACCUCCUUCCGCCUCACUAACAACCCCAAUGUCUUCUCCUACAAUGCCAUCAUCGACGCCUGCGUCAAACACUCUCACCUCCACCUUGCCCGCGAGCUGUUCGAUGAAAUUCCCCGUCCGGAUAUUGUAUCGUACAACACCCUCAUUGCGGCUCAUGCUCAUCGCGGCGAGCAUGGACCGGCCGUGAGGUUGUUUAAGGAAGCUAGAGAGGCUGGAUUAUGCCUUGAUGGUUUCACGUUGUCUGGCGUGAUCAAGGCUUGUCGUGAGGACGUUGGCCUUGUUAUGCAGCUUCAUUGUUUUGCUGUGUUGUGUGGGUAUAGCUGUUAUGCUUCAGUGUGCAAUGCGGUCCUUGCUCGUUAUGGUGGGCGGGGGCUCUUGUCAGAGGCGUGGCGGGUUUUUCAUGAGAUGGGGGAGGGUUGCAGGGAUGAGAUUUCGUGGAAUGCGAUGAUUGUGGCGUGCGGGCAGUGCAGGGAGGGGAAGGAGGCGCUGGUGUUGUUCGGGGAGAUGGUGAGGAUGGGAAUGAAGAUUGAUAUGUUCACCAUGGCCAGUGUGUUGACUGCGUUCACUUGCCUCGAGGAUUUGGCUGGGGGAAUGCAGUUUCAUGGUAGGAUGAUCAAGAGUGGAUUCAAUUGGAACCCACAUGUUGGGAGUGGGUUGAUUGACAUGUACUCCAAGUGUGCUCCUCGUGGCAUGUUGGAUUGUAUGAAGGUGUUUGAGGAAAUUUCUGAGCCGGACUUAGUUCUUUGGAACACCAUGAUUUCUGGAUUUUCCCAGCAUGAGGACUUGUCUGAGGAUGCACUUAUUUGUUUUCAGGAUAUGCAGCGUGCUGGUUUUCGUCCGGAUGAUUGUAGCUUCUCGUGUGUGACUAGUGCAUGCUCCAAUUUGUCAUCUCCUUCGUUGGGGAAACAGGUUCAUGCACUGGCAAUCAAAUCUGACAUCCCUUCUAACCGCGUUUCAGUGAACAAUGCUCUUGUUGCAAUGUACUCUAAAUGUGGGAAUCUUCAUGAUGCGAGAAGGGUGUUUGAUACUAUGCCAGAACAUAACACAGUAUCUCUGAAUUCAAUGAUUACAGGCUAUGCACAGCACGGUGUUGAGGGUGAAUCGCUCCAGCUCUUUGAACUGAUGAUGCAAGAGGAUAUUGUGCCUAACAAUAUAACCUUCAUAUCUGUUCUUUCUGCAUGUGCACACACUGGAAAAGUGGAGGAGGGUCAGAAGUAUUUCAAUAUGAUGAAAGAAAAGUUUGGGAUUGAACCCGAAGCAAAACACUUUUCAUGCAUGGUAGAUCUUUUGGGUCGGGCAGGGAAACUCGAGGAAGCUGAGAGGAUAAUUGAGACAAUGCCAUUUGAUCCUGGUUCUAUUGAAUGGGCUGCUUUACUUGGUGCGUGCAGGAAGCACGGAAAUGUGGAGUUAGCAGUGAAAGCAGCCAAUAAGUUCCUCCAACUAGAACCUCAUAAUGCUGUUCCAUAUGUAAUGCUUUCAAAUAUGUAUGCAAGUGCUGGAAGAUGGGAAGAGUCUGCAACCGUGAAAAGACUGAUGAGGGAAAGAGGAGUGAAGAAGAAACCGGGUUGUAGUUGGAUUGAGAUAGAUAACAAGGUGCAUGUCUUUGUGGCUGAAGACUCCUCACAUCCGAUGAUAAAAGAGAUUCACGAGUACAUGGGGGAGAUGUUAAGGAAAAUGAAGCAAGCAGGGUAUGUACCAGAUAUAAGAUGGGCAUUGGGGAAAGAUGAAGAUGUAGCAGCAGAAGAGAAAGAAAGAAGAUUAUUGUAUCACAGUGAGAAGUUGGCUGUUGCAUUUGGCCUGAUCUCCACCAAAGAAGGGGUGCCAAUACUGGUUGUGAAGAACCUGAGAAUAUGUGGUGAUUGCCAUAAUGCCAUCAAACUUAUUUCAGCGAUUUCUGGUAGGGAAAUCACUGUUAGGGAUGCUCACAGGUUUCAUUGCUUUAAGGAAGGACAUUGUUCAUGCAAGGAUUAUUGGUGAUUAAAUAAUCUAAGGUUCUUCAGGAGAACAGAAAUUAUGAUACCAUAUUAGUUAUAUACCUAGUAAGUAGCAAAAGCAAAUGUAACCAACUAACCAUAGGAGAAAUGACCAAUGCAGUUUCUGUUUAUCCACAUAAUUUUACCAUUACCAAUUCUUAAUUGUAGCAGAAGCCUACUAAUUUUGUUAAUUUGAAGUGACUUCUCUUUUCAA